UCAGAACAGUUGGUGGAGUCCAGAAGCUUGUUGCACAUUCCUGUGUGUGGAGCAGUAUAGCCAAUGUACAACAACACGUGGGCGCAUACACGAGGAUAUACUUUGGAACUGUGUUCAUUGGCGGAAGUGCAGCAGUUUUCAACAGCAAUUAUAUUUGUUAUGGUUGAAGAUGAGUCCAUACUGCCAUGAAACGGGUCACACAGAAGCUUCCGGGGACACAGAGGAGGCUGCAGGUCUGGAAGCAGCUGCUCCUGAUACAGACUCACCCCUGCCGUCUCCCAGUCCUUCCGUCACACCGACACCGUCCACUUCAUCAGAGGAACUAGCUGAAGAGGCCGCAGCGCACUACAACGAGCAGUACCUGAUGGUCAUGAAUCCCCCCGCAGCCCUACAGAAUGGCGUCCCAGACUGCUUGCCCAUUGAUCACAACCUACCGCACUUGCUGAGACAAGUUUCGGGAAAUGCUGACCUGGAGUCUGUCCGAGCCAUUAAGCUGCGCAUCAUUUCCAGAGAGACGAGUCUCCAGAGGCUCGCUGUCUUUGUCCCUAACCUCAGAGAACUGAACCUCGAAGGCAGCUGCUUGGGAUCACUCAGAGACUUGGGCUAUGGCCUCACAUCUCUGAACGUACUUAAAGUGACGAAGUGUGGCUUGGACUCACUGGACGGUACAUUCGGCCUCACAAGUCUCCGUGAGUUGCACGCCAGCAACAACAUGGUGGCCGACGUCGGACCCUGUUCUUCACUCCCACACAUCCGAAUUAUUGACCUCGGCAAGAAUGCUGUAGAAGAUCUAAGCUUCUUGGAAUUCCUCAACAUAUGUUCUCAUCUAGAGGAGUUGACAUUAGCGGAAUGUCCUGCAUCCUCGAAAUCAGGAUAUCGGGCAACGAUCCGCCACCUCCUGCCCAACCUUAUCACCCUGGACGGAAUUCCUGUUACUGAGGACGGUGGGGAGCAUAACUUCGAAAAUAGUGAUGAUGAAGAUGAUGAAGAUGAUGAAAAUGGCGCCACAUUUCGUCCGUGUCAGGAUUCCGUGAGACUAAUCUCUCAUGGAGGUCCUGACACUUCCCAGCAUCAUGGUACGAGCCGUGGACAAGAUGGCGGCUCGGGGGGCAGCGGCUACCAAAGCCCGAACCAAAACGAACGUGAUCAUGGUAACGAAGAGGGAGCCCUCGAUAGCUCGAACACGAGUAAUGAGGUGGAUUCCCCUAAUUACUCGAGUUCGGGUCACCAAACCCAUAUAGAUGUUUGCCCUGCACAAAGCGCUGGUUCUGACAGCACAGGGCUCCAGCUUAGGCAGAAAAUGACUCGGCGAGCUGAUUUUAAGAAGCGACCGACUACUGCUGCUGGUAUCACCGAUGCUUCAUCGAAAGAAAGGCACGGACUGCUAAGGAAAUACAGACCGUCCUCAGCUGCUACAUCCACAGGGGACGACGAUUUCUGUCGGAUCCGUGAGGCGUAUCCAAGCUGCGACCCCCCAAGUACGCUCACCUCAGGGCUGGCUGUCUGUGGCAACCUGACGGUCGCUCUGAGGGGUCGGCGGAGGCGUCGCGACGCCUGGACUGGAACAGACAUUCCGCCUGUUCUGGAACUCAGGGAAAAAAUAUCAGAGAUGCCACUGGGACACAUAUUGUACAGAAAGCAUGUGCAAACUGAUGAAUCAAAGGCCACAAGCAUAAAAAAGGAAGAGAACAAGAUUUGUGCAGAUGUGAAAAGGUUCCAGUCCAAAGCACCGCCUUGUUGCCCCCAAUUAUUCACACGUCAUGACACGUCAUAUGACGCAGACAUCAGUUCAAAUCUUGAACUGUCACCACAAACGGAGUGAAUAAGUGAUCUCUCCGUCCUGCCCAUAAGUAAUGAGAAAUGCAAAAUGUAGUUUAAAUAUAUAUAUGUCAACUCCUGUACUAAUAGUGUAAAGUUGCCCAUGAAACUGUACGUUAAAUCAGAAUGUUGAUAUUUUAAGUUAGGGACUUAAGUAGUCGUCAGAUUGGUGACUAUCUCUAGCAGCGUCCAUGUUUAAGCAGUAGUCUGUAGCCUCUACCAGGCACAGGCUAAUGCUUUACUCUUUCAGGAAUGGAUCUGUUUUCCAGGCAAAAGAAAAAUAUGCUUGCUAACUAACUGGAAUAUUUUAUUUCCACAAGUUUUAAUUCUGAGAAGUUAUGUUGCUUCUGUUCAUAUUAAUGAUUAUCCCAGUCUUCUUUGUAUGUAUGUGUAGUAUAUUUCAAUAGUUCAGGAAUUAUUACAUGCUAUCGUGACGCAUAGACCCAUUGCUAGGCAACGUCUGCAACACACACACGGUCAGCAAUAGAGAGGCUGUAUUUUCUGCUG